AGGAGCUGAAGGGUGAGUGAGAGAAAGAGAGAGAGUUGACAAAGUUUCUGUCGGGACAGAAACUCAGCGCGAGAACGCAAAGGGGGAUAUCUCUAAAAAAUAUAUAUGCGGGACAUUAUGACAUCCACUUUUUUACAUUUAUGACAACUUUAUAAAGACUUUUCAAAACUUUUCCGUAGGCCGAAACCACUUUCACAAAAGGAGAAAAAACAGGCCAGACCCAAACAAACUUCCAACACUUUUCUUCCUCGAUUGUUUUGAGCGCUCAGAUUUGUUCGCUUCGACGCGCGUGGAAAUGAGCAGUAACCCUCUCCAGCCGUUACCGGGCCAGCAGGUGAUCCACGUCGCCAAAGACCUGGACACGGACCUGGAGGCACUUUUCAACUCCGUCAUGAACCCGCAGCCGAGCUCCUGGAGGAACAAACAUCUGCCCGAGUCCUUCUUCAAGGAGCCGGACUCAGGCUCUCACUCCCGGCAGUCCAGCACGGACUCCAGCGGUCACCCGCCGCGGCUCCAGGUGCAGCACGUCCGCUCGCACUCGUCCCCGGCGUCCCUGCAGCUGCCCGCGGGCGCGCUGAGCGCCGCGACGCCCGCGCGUCAGCACGUCCAUAUUCGCCACCAGUCGAUGGAUGUGGCGGAGGAGCGGCCGAUGCCGCCGGGCUGGGAGAUGGCGUUCACUCCCAACGGACAGAAAUACUUUCUCAAUCACAUUGAGAAGAUCACCACAUGGCAUGACCCCCGAAAGAGCAGGACACCCUCAGUGAAUCAGAUGACUGUCCACAACCAGACCUCCAACAAUGGCAACAUCCAGCAGCGCUCCAUGGCUCUGUCUCAACCCAACCUCGUGCUGAACCAGCAGGCGCAUCAGCAGCACCUGCAGCAGCCCCAGCAUCAGCCCCAGCAUCAGCACCAGCAGCCGCCGCCACAGCAGCAGAGCUCACAGUCUGCUAUGAUGAACAUGAGCGCCCAGCAGCACCAGCAGAAGAUGAGACUGCAGCGCAUCCAGAUUGAGCGAGAGCGCAUUCAGAGGAGACAAGAGGAGCUCAUACGACAGGAGGUGGCGCUCCGACAGCUGCCAAUGGACUCUGAAAAUAUGGCACCUGUGGCACCUUCCAUCAGCUCUCCGGCCAUGACGCAGGGCAACAUGCCUACCAACAGCUCUGAUCCCUUCCUCAACAGUGGGCCGUACCACUCACGAGAGCAGAGCACGGACAGCGGCCUCGGUCUCGGCUGUUACAGCAUCCCCACCACCCCUGAGGACUUUCUGAACAUAGAGGACAUGGACACAGGUGACAACAUGGUGCCGGUCAGUAUGAAUGUUCCCCAGCAGAGCCGUUUCCCAGAUUUUCUGGACUCCAUGCCCGGCACCAAUGUGGACCUGGGCACCUUGGAAGGUGCCGACCUCAUGCCCAUCCUGAAUGAUGUGGAGUCGGUCCUGAACAAGAGCGAGCCAUUUCUGACCUGGCUCUAGAAUCGCAAUCAAAGAGACUUUGAACAUAUAUAGAAAAUGAUUUAAACAAUCUGCUUCUUCUAUUAGUGUCACUUUUGUAAGCAUCAGUUUGUGAUGCUGAGUCAUAGAACAAAACUUACCAAAGUGUUUAGCCUGCGAUUAAAUAAUCACGCUUCAAUGAAAGCCGCAGUGGAGCAAGACUCGUGUGGUUUUCUGUACUGACAUAGGAUAGAUUGAUUCUGAUUUUGUCUAGGGAUGCCUCAAUACUCAAUAUAAUAUUGAACCGUUCGGUACGACCUCCACGGUUCAAUACGUGUAAAUGAAUUGCGGUUUUCCGGUUUUGCGUUAAAUUAUUUGCGUGCGCUCAAUUACACUCUGAACUGGCUCUGUCUGUGUUUAUCUGUAUCUAAUAGCGAGUGGUGGUCGGGCGGUAAAGCGAGGCUGCCUGCAACACGAGAAGCAAUGUGCUGUUGACAGACUUGGGCUGGCUUUAUUGUAUGCCCGUUGUACUAAAGUGAUAAUCUCCGAAUUUGUCACAUCAAGAAUGUAUUUUUACACUGCAUACGAAAGCAGCACGUUCGCCUUGCUCUCACCAAGCACAUGCAGAAAGAGUGUCUACGGCACCAUGCCAAAGUCCAUUUAAUGAAAGUCACUCGGCAGCCUUUCGGACAGCUAUUUACGUCACAGCAAGAGCGCCUCCAGGCAGCUAUUUAGCAUUGCAUUUCUUCCAAUUUAUUGCAAUCGCAGUGGCGCACCUUGUUAAUAUAUUAUCUUUGGCCUUUCCCAUUGAGCGCUAGUGUUUGCACCGCACGUUUACUUCCAUUACAGCAAUUGCAAUUUUUGCAUUACGUUAUUUUAAAUACUCUGAUGUGCAAAACCUCUUCAAGAAGCUAAUUUUACUGGCAUGUUGAUGAACAGUAAAUCAAAAACUGCUGUGAGCGAGGAAUUUGUACAAGUUGAUUUUUGCUUAAAGAUAAUAAAAUAAGUUAAAUAAAGAAAAUUUCUUUAAAAUAGUUUUUUUUCUUAACUUUUUACUGUGCCUGUCACAUAAGCAUAGAACAAUGAAAAAACACUUUAAUGUGCCAAGCCAUCAAAACCGAACCGAAAACCGUGGGUGAAAAACCGAGGUUCGUAUUGAACCGUGGGUGAGCUGUAUUGUUGCAUCCCUAGUUUUGUCACAGGUAAAGCGGCAACCAAACAAUCUCUCUGAUCAUGCUGAAAAAGACUUUUCAAUGUGUUAGUAAAUGUUAGACAGAGAGUCGAGCAUUUACAGCGUGAAUCUCAUGAAACCUGUCAGGAACAGAAAAAAAAACAGAGACAAGAAAUUAUAUGAUAUGAUAUUUUUCAUCAUGGCAUUAUAACUACAAUUUAGCACAUAUCCACCCUAAAAAACUCAUUACCAGAAUGCGAUAAUGUUUUACAUUAAACAUAAUAUUUAAACAUAACAGUGGUAUUUUGUUGAUUUGAACGUGUAGUACAGUUCAUUUACAGUACAAAAUACUGUAAUUUAAUUUAAUCAAUGACUUGGGCUGAAAAUGAGUUGAAUUUGAUAUAAAAAAUAAUGGUUUUGUGUUAUUUGAAUUUUAGCUCAAAAUGUGACGACACAUUUUUAUGAGAUUCACCCUGCGGAGAUGAUUUAAUACAUGAUUCAGUACCAAAUCAAUAGCAGCUGUGUACAUAUAAAACAAAUGACAUUAUAACUUUAUAUCCAGCACUGAAAUAUUUCAGUUUUGUUUUAGAUGUUUGUAUUCACAUUUAUUCCAGUUUAGUUGUUGUGUCAAGCGAGCUUAUGAUGCUACAGUUUGCAUUUGUAGACAAACGUUUUAUAUCAUGUAUGUUUUUUUAUGUACUGCUACAGUAUUCUUGUUUUGUAUACUGUAAAAUACCACCUCUUGACAUCUGGUGCAUUUAAUUAGUUUGCAGUUUAGUAUUUAUCAAGAGCUAUGAACUUUUUAAAAAAUAGUUUUUAGAUUUUUCAUAUCUGUAUAUUAUAUAUUUUUUUUCAUAAAUUUUAAGCACUACAAUACAGCAAGUCUCAGUGAUACUGAUCUGACAAUUGAAGGUUUUAACUUAGUUGCGAUGAUUAUCUUGAAUAAAAGUCUGGUCACUAACACCAUCUGACGGUCAAACAUUCAUCUGACAGGUGAACGAUUUCCCACAAAAUCUUCAUAAAUUAAGAACAUGAGUAUUUUCUGAGAGCAGAGAGAAUUUUUAAUUAUGAAACACUCAAACUGGAUUAUUUUGGGGCCAACACAAGGUUUUCUUUAUUUUAUUAGCCCAGCUAAAAUCCAGUUAUACCUAUAUACAUACAUAUAAUUGUAUUUUAUUUCUACACGGGUCUAAUUUUUGUAAUGCAUGUUUGAUCUGUUUGAUAAUUACAGAAUUGAUGUGUGUAUAAAAACACCUCAUCGUCACUUACAGUAUUUGUGUAUGGUUAUUUUAUAGAUGAAUUGCAUUUGAGCAUUGCAGAGAGCUGCUUUGAAGGUUGGGUGAAUUUUAAGAGAACAGAGACUCUAGGUCAAACUGAGCUCAUGACGUCCUUUGUAAGGACUGAGCGGUGAAGUACUGGGUCAGAACAAACUGAUACAAGCUUUACUUGACCUUCCUCAGAGAUACACUGUUACAUUGAAAAGAACAGGAGCCCACAUGAUGGAGCUGUGGGUUUCAUCAGUGUUGGAGACAUUCUGAUCAAUGAGAAAUCAAUACACAACUUCAGUUUGUGUAUACGUGUGUUGUGUGGUGAGAUGAAAUCUGUUUAUGAGACACUACACUUGGAGAGCAUAAAGAGGGUUUUCAUAAGAUUACUGACUCUGACAACAAACAGCAUAACGUGGAUUUUAUAACUUCUUUGAAAUCUCAGAAAUUGUCAGCAAAAACAGAAAAGAAUAAAAUUGUUUUAUUAGCAUGA